CACAUUGACUCAGCUGUGAGAACGACACUGCUUCCUCGCAUUGCUGCGUCUGAGGGUGCUGACAUCUCGACACCGGGUUUUGCUUCUUGUAUACCCAAUGCCCUUCCUGCUACGACGGUCAAUUUGGACAAGUUGGAUUCACGGUCACUGCGUAUGCCUAUUCGUCGGAUGUGAUGGUGUCUUGGAAUACGAGGGAUCCCCCAACGAGGGAUAUGCAGAAGAUUGACAGCGUGUGGAAUAAUAAAACGGCUGGGGGUAAUCGCACGCAUCCAACGUAUAUGGUGAAUCCGCAAUAUCACCUGCGGGUGCACAAUACUAGUACAAGUAUCGACAAACGGUCCAGCACAAGUACAAGUGCUGACAGACGCAACAAGACACAAGUCAUACUCACCACGCGGAGCACUAGGGAUAUCUCGCUGAACGUCACAACAGUGGGGUCGCAGGGCGAGCGUAUAUCAGAACUAAGUCAGAAAGAAGUGGUGGCUCAUUCUGGGCCUCAUACAUAUGGGCAUGCGCGUAUUGCCGCUUAUCUUGCUCGUACGGUCGACCUUUUACCUCGAGGGAAACACGGCUUAUUUUCUUCAUCUUGCAAAUUCAUCUUGCAAAGCUGGCGACUACACGGUCAUAUUAUUAGCUUACGGACUGGACCAGAUGGGAAAUUCACGGAAUCAAAACGUUUUGACUUAGACAUCUACUUGUAAAGAUGCGAUCCAGCAAAGCUUACGCGAGGGAGAGCUUGUCACAGUGGCUCGUGGAGCAAGAUACUGAAAUUUAUCUACUUCAUAAUAACCAGGGGUGCCAGCCGUUAACUUACUUGGACACCAU